UAAUAACAUUUCGAGAGAUCAGAGUUCAGAAUUCCAAAAAAAAUAUGGAAUCUGGGAGAGAAAGAACCUAUGAUUAAUGAAUCGUUUUGACAGAGGAAAGCCUCGAGCAGUUUUAGACAUAACGCGGCCGUGUUCAAUUUCAUGACGUCAUGAUUUUGAUACCCACUUGAUUGAGCUAGUGUCACAGAUCAGUUAUUAUUUACCUUGAGCCUGGAGUUACUCGAGCACAGUUUGGCACACAUAGCUGUCUGUGAGUCGUGUGGAAAGCGAUUCUGGAGAAUGGCGUUCUCGUCAAAGAUUUUACUGCUGGUUGGUAUUUCUCUAGCACAGUUUUACAUCGUCCAAGGUCAGAAUUACAUGAACUGGGUCGGUCGAUGCUGCACUAAAGGUCGCCGCAAAGCCUCAAAGAAUUAUGACCCUUCUUCGUGUAACUCGGAUGAUUUGGACAGGCGGCGAUUCCAAACUAAGUUUGAACGUUGGAUUUGUCGGUAUGCUGAAAGGAUCUGCUGCAUGAAAGAAAUCCAAAAGAAAAGCUGCCAGAGCGGAAUUUUUGAGGCGUUGCUCGGGCAUUCUUGUGGCAGGUUCAUGCCGUUUGUAGGCGGGGAUGAUUUCCGUGAGUGUUGCGACUGUUGUUCCCUGGGAGUCAGAGCCAAAGCAGACAAUGAUACCAUUUGUGCAGUGGACAGGUUCCCUGUGAUGCUGCUAUCUGACUCAAGCAAACAAUGUACUAAUUCAUUCAAACAGUGCUGCAAAGGAACGAUAUCUCCCCCUACAGUCCUUCCAACCGCCAGAAAGCCGAAGUGUUCUGACAACUUCUGUCAGCAAGAAUGCCAAGACUCACCCACACAAGGGGCACAAUGUAGUUGUCGAGACGGAUACCGCUUGAAACCUGACAAAGUAUCUUGUCAAGGCAAGACCACGGGACAUCAACGAGUGUCAGUUAAGAGGCGGUAAUACAUGCAGUCCUUUAGAACGGUGCGUCAAUACUCCUGGCAGUUAUCGAUGCGAAAAUGGAACGACGGAGGCAGCGUGUAAACUGGGAGAACAACUCGUGG